GAGAAAUUAAUGCACGCACCCCAACACCACAAACCAAAAAAAGAAGGGGGAUGAAGAACCUCCUUAUCCCCUCCUCCAUUGAACUCCUCAUCCUUCCAUCUAUCUUCUUCCUCUUACUUUCUUCCAACGCCAUUAACGCUGAUCAAUACAACAAACUCGGUCAGAACUCUUACAUACAAUGCCUCCGCAACCACUCUGUUCCCUCCCAUCUCUACUUCACUCCUCACUCCCCUUCCUACAACUACUUCUUCUUCUCCUCCGUCCGCAACCGCCGCGCCCUCCUCAACUCCUUCAAGCCACUUCUCAUCUUCCUCCCCGCCGUAGAAAAUCACGUUCAAGCUGCCGUUCUCUGCUCCGGCAGCCUCUCCAUUCCUAUCCGCACCCGAAGCGGUGGCCAUGACUAUGAGGGUCUCUCCUACACUUCCACUUCGAGCCAGUUCGUGCUUAUCGAUCUCCAAUUUUUAUCCUCCAUUAACGUGGAUUAUAGGUACUCUCGUACAGCUUGGGUGCAAGCAGGUGCUUCUCUUGGCAAGCUCUACCACACCAUAGCUAACAAGAGUAGCACCGUCGCAUUUCCGGCGGGCCUCUGUCCGACAGUCGGCGUAGGCGGACAUUUAAGCGGAGGUGGAUUGGGGACGAUGAUCAGGUCUUUCGGGUUGGCGAGCGACAACGUGGAAGACAUCCGAAUCGUCGUCGCAAGCGGAGAGAUAGUGGAUAGAAAAAUCAUGGGGGAAGAUCUAUUUUGGGCGUUGAGAGGCGGAGGAGGAGCGAGCUUUGGGAUUAUUCUGGCUUAUAAGGUGAGGCUUGUGGAGGUUCCAAACAAGGUAACUGUGUUCACAGUCUCAAAGACAUUGGAGGAGGGAGCGACGAAGCUUGUGGAUAAAUGGCAGCGAAUAGCUCAUAAGGUGGAUAAGAGAUUGUUUAUAAGAACAGUUUUUACGGUGGUGGGAAAUGAUAGUGAAUAUGACGAUCAGAAUAAGACAAAAAGAACAGUACAGGUUUCUUUUAACUCGCUGUUCGUUGGUGAGAUGAAAGAGCUGCUUCUUAUCAUGGAGGAUUGGUUUCCGGAACUCCAGUUGAAGGCAGAGGAUUGUAUUGAGAUGCGCUGGAUUGAGUCAGUUCUUUAUUUUGCAGGAUACCAAGGGAAGCCUUUGAGCAUUCUGCUUGAGAGAUAUUCUCCUGUGUACAACACCUCCUUCAAGCACAAAUCCGACUUCUUCACAAAACCCAUCCCAUUAGAAGGCUGGAGUAGAAUACUGAGGCGUUUCCUCAAGAAAGGAGAGCAACCUAUGAUGAUCAUAGAUCCGUGGGGUGGGAGAAUGGAUGAAAUCUCUGAGACUGAGACAGCCUUUCCUCAUAGGAAAGGAAACCUUUAUAACGUUCAUUAUUUGACAGAGAGGUGGGUGGAAAAUAAUGCUGCAGUAAGUAAGAAGCAUGUGGAUUGGCUGAGGAGGUUUUACAAGUUCAUGACUCCUUAUGUUUCUAAGAAUCCAAGGGCUGCUUAUCUGAACUACAGGGAUUUAGACAUUGGAACGGACGUUAUGGGGAACAAGACAAGUUAUUGGGAGGCAAGAAGGUGGGGUGAAAGGUACUAUAAAGGUAACUUCAAGAGAUUGGCUUACGUGAAGGGUAAUGUUGAUCCUAAUAACUUGUUCAGGAAUGAGCAGAGCAUACCUCCCCUCUUUUCUACUUAAUUUUUUUAGACUGGCUUUUUAAUUGCUUCUUAAAGCAGUUUUUUAGUUAAUUUUUAAACUAAAAAGCUGUUUUAAGAAGCAGCAAGAAAGCUGUCCCAAACGAAAAGCUCAAAGGUGAGAAAUGGUUUAUUUGAUUUAAAUAACAGGGAGGACCACGCACUAUGUAUUAAGCUAUAUUAUUAAUUUGGAACUUGCUGUGUGUGAGUUGUCCUU